UAUAUUUUUCCCUCUUUGAGAGUAGAACAGCUAAACUUGCUUGCUACUUCUGACUCUUAAAUGCUCUGAUAUUCAUAUUUGUACAUCUUAAUACAAGUAACAUAGCAUAACAAAUGCAAACUCUGCAUGUUGUUUAGAUGUUGCAUUGGGAAAGAGGAUGUAAAGCAAUUUUAUCCAUUUUUAGCAGGUAGGCAGGCUUGUGCUUAUCUGUCGGUGGUCUUCUGGCUUAGUAUGGAUUUGACAUCGUCACAACAUAAUCAUCUGAAUAAUGAACAGAGAAGAAAAUUAGAAAGACAAGCAGGGGAAAAAGAAGAAGAACAAAUAGUUACUGAAAUCAUGAGAAGACGUUUUUUUCCUGAUGUUAUAACUUAUAAGGCUUGGGAAGGCUUUCACUUUGCUGGCCAUGAGAUAAGGAUUACAGAAGCCACUGAUUGUUAUGGGGCAGUUGUCUGGCCAUCGGCUCUCGUUUUGUGUUAUUUUUUGGAAACCAAUUCUAAACAGUACAAUUUGGUCGACAAAAAUGUGAUUGAAAUUGGAGCUGGAACUGGAUUGGUCUCUAUAGUAGCCAGUUUACUGGGUGCACUUGUGACUGCCACUGAUUUGCCAGAACUGCUGGGAAACCUUCAGCACAAUGUUCUCCAAAAUACAAAACUGAAAUGCAAGCACCAGCCCUGUGUCAAGGAGUUGUCCUGGGGAAUUGAUCUGGAAAAAAACUUUCCCAGAGCUUCAUAUCACUUUGACUACAUUAUGGCUGCUGAUGUAGUUUACCACCAUCCCUUCCUGGAUGAGCUCCUACUAACUUUUGACCACUUGUGCAAGAAUGAUACUGUCAUUAUGUGGGCUAUGAAGUUUAGGCUGGACAAUGAGAACCAAUUUGUGGACAGAUUUCAGACACUCUUUGAUUUAGAGGUGAUUUCUAAUUUCCCUAGUUUGAACAUAACCCUGUAUAAGGCAAUGAGGAAAGGCAGGAUGAAAGUCAGACCUUCCAAAUUGUCUGUCUGAAAAAGAGAUAUAUGGGGGUGAUCAUUUCAGAUGGUUUGUAGCUAGUUCUCUUUUUAAUAAUUUCUACAUAAGUAGUUGCCUGCAUCUUUACAAAUGGCCUUUUUUAAGCAAGUUAGAACAAAACAUUGGUUUUCCAGUGCAUCCCUAUGGAAUUCCUGAGUUCAAUUUGCUGAAAGUUUUAUACAUGGAAGAAAUGUAUUUCUGAUGUUUUCUUGGCUUUCAUGUGCUAAAUUGACAAAACUAAUAACUUUCAUAAUUCUCAAUAUUCUUUUUAUGGGAUGUGCAAUGAAUAUUUCCUUUCAAAUGCAGUUUUAAACAGUGUCUUAUGAGAUUAACCAAUCUUUCAAAGAUUUACUACAGUCUUACAUUUUGUAUUUAACAGGUGUGAUGUUAAAUCUAUUUUUCUUCAUUCCCACCAUAGCGUUCAAAUCCUUCCUUCAAAUGGCCCUUUACAGGACAUUAACUGAAAGGAAAAAUGGGAGAUAUAGUAUCACAAUAAAGGGAGAGAGACUAUUAGUUACUCCUUGAUUUAGUGAUUGUGUUUUCAUAGAAUCAUAGAAUGGUUUAUGUGGGAAGGGAUCUUUAUGAUCAACUAGUUCCAACCCCCCUGCAAUAGGCAGGGACACUUCCCUCCAGACCAGGUUGCUCAAAGCCCCAUCCAGCCCGGCCUUGAAUGCCUCCAGCAUAGGAGCAUCCACACCCUCUCUGGGCAACCUGUUCCAGUGUCUCACCACCCUCACAGUAGUGAAUUUCUUCCUAAUAUAUAGUCUAAAUCUACCCUCUUCCUGUUUAAAGCCAUUUCUUUCCCUUCCACUUUUUAUUUAGAUUCAGGGAUUCUUCAACAGACAGCUGCACAUGUGAGGCAACAGGGAGUUAAAUAUUUUGUUACUUGAACAAAGGUCUGGAAUAAGAAUAGUACAUCACAUUCACAGGUCCCCAUUGCAAAGACCUUAAAUUUUUGGCUAUGUGCCCAUUCAGAAAUAGACUGGUAUUUGCACCUCAGGGAACAAUGGAAAAACAACAGUGGCAUCAGGAUAAGUAUUCUGCAGCGUCAGCUGGUGGCAGCUGGAGGUAGAAAAUGAAACCUGCUUGUCACAGUGUGGCUGAGACAUGGACAGACUAGACUUUUUGCAAGGGCAAAUGGAGCAUUUUUCUCCUAGCCUCUCCUAGUUAACAUGUGUUCCCAGUUUUAGUGAUCAGAUUAGUGUACUUAAGCACAUAAUUUUUUCCUUUGUUCUUAUUCCCAGCAUAAAAUUUGGUUUUCUGAGAUAAAACUUUCUACCGCUAGACAUGAAGUGGUGCAGACAGCAGAAUCCAAGCUGCCAAGAUUUUCCAGUGGGAUUUGGGGACCCUAAAACUGAAAGGAAGUAGUGGGAGGAUAGGUGAGUAUUUGGCAGGAGGGAUCUGGAUGUAGGAGGGUUGUGGAAAAAAGGUGGAUGUGGUGAAAAGGUGAGAUGAAGAAAGAGAAGAGGUUGCAACAGUGACACUAACUUCAAAAUGUUGGAUCCACUGAUUGAAAGGGGACAUUCUCUGUAACAGCAAUUACUUGCAACCAUCCAAUCCACUGCAAUUGAAACUAAAAUCCUUUCAUCCUAAAAAGCAUCUCUGUUUACAAAUAUUUCACAGAUAAAUGGAUUGGCACUGGAUAAUGAGCAAGACAGCUCUGCUUGCACCAAAAUCCUCCAGUGAAAAUAUCCUGUGAACUACAAAGCAACGCAGGCUAAGGAUGAAAAGAGAGAAUCCAGCAAAGUAGUAAAGUGAGAUCACUUUUAAUACCAAUGAGCCCUUCUAUUUUGUCUGAGGCUGUCCCCCACUGAGCUCCUGCUGAAGUCAACAGGAGCUGUGUUUGUAGAGCAGAUUCAGAAUUGGGCUCUUCAGGCCUGACAGCAUGGUAAUGUUUAGUGUAAUCUAAAACUGCUCCCCUUUCUCACAAGUUGGUCUAAGCAACACUGUGUGAAGUUUCCUGGGAAAGCUCCAGAGCCUAGCUGCUCUAUUGUAUGGAGGCCUUUUGUCCUCUGUUAUGAUAGGCAGGUUAUUAGCCAUGACCAACGGGUGGUGGAGGUUAUAUGUGGCAUUUGCCUGUGGAGUUUAUUUCUGCUCUUUGAGAACAGGUCUCUCAGAUGACUGUCAGAUAUUGCAUUUUCCUAAAGUCGGUUAUAGUUCUAGUAAUCACGUACCCUUUGGUCUAAAACUUCAAACAAAACUCAAGUUGUUAUGCAGAGCACAUGGCAUUGGCAUAAAACUAUGCGUGAAAGAAUUCCACCUAUAUGAACGCUAGAGAGACUGUGUAGUCUUACAGGCUUUUACAUUAUAUUAUGGAAUGUUAUGCUAAUGAUAUUAAUUGAAGAUAUAAGUCAUGCAUUACUUAGGUAAUACAUGACUUAUGUAUGUGUUACUUAUGUAUGUAUGU